AUGCAAUCAUCAUGCAGACAUCUCCGAACGUUUGAGCGGCAAAAUGAAUUGAAAAAAAAAAAAAGUAUUCCCUGGUUGAAGUCUUGGAGGAAUAGAGCCAUUUACGGGGGUAAAACUAUGGCCGAGGAAUCGGAGAAACAUAUUCCAAAGAAAUUGAAAGGUUUAGUGGCUCCUAGAUUUAGUUCCAAAAAGCCGCUAGACUUACUUUUUAUCCAAUUGACCGAAAUUUUUAAAAUUGAGGACAAUAACCAGAACGAUACCAUCAACAUAUUGUACGAAAGAAUAUCAAAAAUAGACAAGGACAUAGAUGAUGAAACAAAUUUUAUUCCGUUCUCUUUGAAAGAUGUUGUUGUCAAAUUUCAAAACCAGUGCGAGAGAGACGAAGAAUUCCAAAAGCGGGUUUCUGUUAUCAAGUUUCUUUUACACAAAUUGAUCCAGAUCAAAAAGCUUACCAUGAAGGACAAACCAAAGUUCAAGAACAAGUACGGGGAAACGUUGAUGAUUUCUUUGCAUGAUAUGAAGACUUUCGGGCAUCUUUUAAACUUGAUUAUAGUCGAAGGCAUAUAUUCAGCGUUACCAAAUAAUAUUGGAAUUUCUUUGGAAAAGAGAAGAUUAAACGAGUUUAAAAAGGAUAAGAAGGGAUUCAAGGCGGUUAAAAUUUUCAGAAUAAAGAACGAUCGAGAAAGGUUUGAAUUAUUAAUGUUGAUCAUGAAUAAAUUUCUUGUGGUUUUUGAAGACUCAGAUGGAGCUAAUGACGUAAAAGAACUUUUACUUAAAGGGAUGGGCUUUAGUGAUUUGUUAAUUUGCGCUCUAUAUGUCAUAUACAAUCCUGAUAUCACUGGCAAACCAUCUAAUUGGGAAAAUUUAUAUGACAGAAUUGAAAGCAUUUCGCCAACUUUUGAACUAUUUGAGCUCUAUUCUUUGCUUGUCAAUCCUACAAAUGUGGCUCCAUGGUUUAAGGCUGUUUGUCUUGAGAAGAUGACCUAUUUGCCAUUAAGAAGGAAAACGUCAGGCGUGAUCUCACUUAUUGAAUUCCUAACCGGCAUGAGAUAUAAUGAAGAUGUCAAUGUGGAGAAGGUCGGUCAUGUCAACAGAAUUUUACUCAACAAGCCAUCGAAAGUGUCGACUGUUGAAUAUUUCAACAACAUUUCUAGUCAAAUGUAUAACAUUCUUAUUUUGGUGAAUCGUCCGAUCCUCGCAUCAGUGUGUGUCAAUUUUAUCGAGUCAUUGUUCAAAAGAAACCCAAGAAUUGUUCAAGAUUUCUACUUUGUUAAGAUAUGGUACCGUUGUAAUGUUGCGCUUCGCCCAAAUUUUAACAAGCAAGUGUAUAAAGAUGGAGAUAUAAUGAUCAAAGGUAGAGAUUUUGAUAAUUUGUUAAAUGUGAUAUUCUCAAUCACCAAGAAUAAUAGCGAUAACCAGGUUCUUGAUUCCCUAUUCCUGAAAAAUGACUUGACUAUAUGUUUGUGGAACUACUUAAUAUUUUUACAACAGAAAAGCUUAACGAAUAAUAAGGAAUUAAUAUUGGAAAUAUUUAAAUUAUAUUUUACUUUGGUGACGAGUGACUCGAAAGUGCGGCUCCUACUGUCAAUUUUAGAUAACCUACUAAUCGGUUUGAAUAACUUUCCCUGGAUAUUUGACUUAGAGUUUAACGAUCAUGAUAACGAUAGUAAUGAGGUGGUAACCCAAUCCGUUUGUGUGAAGUAUCAAUCCUUUGAUACAAAGGAGUUUAAAUCAGGACAAACUACCAAAGAAAGGAUCUUUGAUUCGAUAAAUAUGGCGACAGACUUGUACCUUAUUAUUCUUGAACAGGUUGAUGAUUCAGUGAUACAAGAACUUUUCAUUCUAAUAUUGAAGAGAUGGCUUUUAAAAGAUGGCGAUGGUAUCUCACAAAAACUAUUUAUUGGAGAGGAGGAGGAAGAAGCUGUUGGUUAUUUCAAAAUGUUAAUAAAUCUUAGGUUGUUACAAAGUAUGUCAUUAAAGUUCAAGGAUCAAAUUAACAACAAUAAAAAUAUGACUGAGAUUUUAGAAAUUGUGGAUGCUGUGUUAGCCAAUUAUAAAUCCAAUGAUAAUGCCAAAGUUAUGGAUGCAAAUAACGAAGAAGAGGUUGAUUCUGAUGAUGAAGUAGAUGAGAUAAACGAAAAAACUAAGAAUUUACUGGUGGAAGAUGACUCGGGAAAUAAUGAUGACACAGUAUUGACAAUUACUUUGGAACUUCUUUCAUCGAUACUAUCAGAGAAUAGCUCCUAUCAGUUGAUUGAAACUGCAAUUAUCGAAAAACUUGAUUCUAUAAUGGAUAAACUCAACUUGAUUGGCCAAAAUAAUGAGUCGCUUUCUGCGUCAAUAGCCAGCUUAAAGCAGGCAAUUCAAGAUCUCAAGGAUAUAAACAAUAAAUUUGAGCAAAAUAUUAAUGAUGAUGAACUUUCACAAAAAGAAACGAUUAUUAAGCUCAAUAAAAUCCAACAGAAAUACGAGAAUGAUUUGAAAGGUUAUGAAAAGGCCAUGAAAUAUUUAAACGACAAGAUCGUACCCGUUAGAGUGCAUGGUCUUCAACUUAUUAAUGAGCUUAUUUUCAAAAAAUCUAAGAUUGUGACGUUGCAACAGGGGAUCAAAAUUUAUUUGGAACAACUUCAAAAUACAGACCCUUUCAUUUAUUUGAGUUCAAUUAAGGGCUUAGCUACACUUUUGCAAUUCGACCUUGAAACUGCACUUCCAGUACUCUUAGAAAUUUACGGUACACAAAGGGAUGGAAAUGACGAGUAUGACACCGACACAAUUUUAAAAAUUGGGGAAGUUAUAAAUGCUUUGCUUUUGAAAUAUGAACUGAAUCCUUUAUAUUCUGAUUAUUCGAAUCGUCAUUCUUCAUUAUUGUUUCCUUCAAAGUUGACCAAACUUGUUUGUCAUACGACUAUCAAUUUAGUCAAAGUUCCCCCAAAAGAGACACCAAAGAUUAGUAAUGGAAUUCGUGUGUCUGCACUUUCACUUCUUGAAUCAUGCUUCAGAAUAAACUUAAAUGGGGUAAAUGAGUAUCUCCAGGACACUUUAGAUCUCGUUAUUGGGAUUUUAACAUUUGAAUUAAAGGACACAGAAGACGAGGUCUCGAUGCGUAGGGGGGCCAUAAAAUUACUUCAUAGCGUGGUUUAUUCAGAGAUUGAUUUGAAAGAGUUUCCAAAAGGUUACGGUAAGAAAAUCAUCAUAUUAUUGGCAUAUGCACAGGAAAAGGAUGAUGAUUUAUUGAUCAGAGAACAAGCUGGUGACACCUUAUCUGCGAUCAAGGAAAUUUUCAAACAAAGCAUUUUUGGUGAUACUGAGUGA